CCGGCGUGCAAGUUAAUGCGCGGUAAUUGCUCGGCGAGGAGAGGCGGGGCGGAGCGAGCCGCCGGCUGCCCGCCCUCCCCCCCCGCCCCUCGCCGCUGCCGCCGCCUCUCCUCCUCGGCCUCCCUGAUGCCGAGGAAUGGAUAGAGCGGCUGCCCUGCGAGCCGCCGGCAUGCUGGAGAGGAGGGAGCGGAGCGGUGGUGAGGCGGUGGCGGGCGGCGGCGGCGCGGGGCCCCGGGCGGGCGCGGCGGCGCGGGGCUUGCCGGCCGUGCGGAGCACGCUGCAGCAGUGCGGGCUGCUGCAGGACCUCAUCGACAUCUCGCUCUCCAACCUGCGCGGGCUCCGCACGAAAUGCGCCGCGUCCAACGACCUCACCCAGCAGGAGAUCCGCACCCUGGAGGUGAAACUGAUUGACUACAUCCACCGACAACGGCAGUGUAAGCUGAGUGUGCCCCUGAAUGACAGGACAGCAGAGCUCAACAGCUACCCGAGAUUCAAUGACUGGUUAGACAUUGUCAAUGUGAGGAAAGAAGUUGUACAGAGAAUACCAGAGGAGCUAACCUUAGAUGCCUUACUAGAAAUGAAUGAGUCAAAGGUGAAAGAAACAAUGAAGAGAUGUGGUGCCAGAGACGAGGAGUGCUCCAGACUCAAUGGGGCGCUGAGCUGCUUACGGAAGGUGACUGCAUCAGGAGGGGAGUUAAAAGAUGAUGUGCUGAUGAAUCUUUCUGAGGCACGCCGGGAGAACAGCUCUGCAAACACGACUGAAGCCCCCUGCUCCUCUGUACCCACGUGGACUCCCUCUGCACCGCACCUUCCCAAGGGCAGCAGCCAGCAGGCGCGUUCUGUGUCAGUAUCUACCAUCCCGUCCUCAGAUUCUCUUGCCUCAAGUCACGGACCUUCUGUCUAUGCAGAAAACCUCCUGGACCCUUUUGCAUUCCCCGCACACAGUGGAAGGUUAACGCCAAGGACUCCUCACACCAUCACCAUCACUCCGCCAACCACUCCUCAAGCCAAGAGACGGCAUAAGCUGAAGCCACCACGGACUCCUCCUCCCCCUUGCCGGAAGGUUUUUCAGCUGCUACCUAACUUCCCAACCCUCACAAGGAGCAAGUCCCACGAAUCACAGCUGGGAAACAGGAUAGAUGAAGUUCCUCCAAUAAAGUUUGAACCCUCCCAAGGAUCCCCUCAAACGGUACGAAGAGACUUUGGCUUAGCCGUAACACACAGGUUCUCUACAAAGUCUUGGUUAUCUCAGAUUUGCCAAGUCUGUCAGAAAAGCAUGAUGUUCGGGGUGAAGUGUAAGUACUGCAGAUUAAAAUGUCACAACAAAUGUACUAAAGAGGCACCUGCUUGUAGAAUAUCCUUCCUUCCCAUAACAAAAAUAAGAAGAACAGAGUCUGUCCCUUCUGAUAUCAAUAAUCCAGUAGACAGACCAACAGAACCGCAGUUCGGAACUCUUCCCAAAGCACUAACGAAAAAGGAGCAUCCACCAGCAAUAAAUCAUCUGGACUCCAGUAGUAAUCCUUCUUCUACAACCUCAUCCACACCAUCUUCUCCAGCACCUUUCCAGUCUUCCAACCCUCCCAGUGCAACACCUCCCCCAAACCCAUCUCCUAUGGGCCAGAGGGAUGGACGAUUUAACUUCCCAGCUGCCUACUACAUUCAGCAUAGACAACAAUUUAUCUUCCCAGAACUUCCCAGCCCUGCACAAAUAGCACAGCCGCCAGAAACAGCUGCAGACACUAAUGCUGAUCAACAGCCAGACACAGAUGGAGUUGAAUGUGAAGCAGAGGUGGAAGAAGCAGAGACUAAUAAAUCAGAACCUGAAGAUGAUGAGGAUGAGGUGGAAGAUUUGCCAAACAGACGGCCACACUUGCAAGGGAUGAUUUACCGCAAACCUAGCCAGACCAGCGUCUACCUGCAAGAGUGGGACAUUCCCUUUGAACAGAUAGAACUGGGGGACCCUAUUGGUCAGGGACGAUGGGGGAAGGUUUACAAGGGGAAGUGGCACGGGGAGGUGGCCAUCAGGCUGCUGGAGAUAGAUGGGAACAACCAGGAUCACCUCAAGCUCUUUAAAAAGGAGGUGAUGAACUACAGACAGACGCGGCAUGAGAAUGUGGUACUUUUCAUGGGAGCAUGCAUGAACCCUCCUCAUUUAGCAAUCAUUACCAGCUUCUGCAAAGGAAGGACGCUUCACUCGUUUGUAAGGGACCCCAAGAUAUCCCUGGACAUUAACAAAACCAGGCAGAUAGCACAGGAGAUCAUUAAGGGCAUGGGGUAUCUUCACGCAAAGGGGAUUGUACAUAAAGAUCUGAAAUCCAAGAAUGUUUUCUAUGACAAUGGGAAAGUUGUGAUCACUGACUUUGGAUUAUUUGGAAUUUCGGGUGUGGUUCAGGAAGGAAGGAGGGAGAAUGAGUUGAAGCUGCCCCAUGACUGGUUAUGCUACCUGGCCCCCGAGAUUGUUCGCGAGAUGGCCCCUGGGAAGGACGAAGACAAGCUGCCUUUCUCCAAAGCUGCAGAUAUCUAUGCCUUUGGGACUGUGUGGUAUGAGCUCCAAGCAAGAGAAUGGCCUUUCAAGAACCAGCCUGCAGAGGCACUCAUCUGGCAGAUUGGAAGUGGCGAGGGAGUGAAACAAGUUCUUGCAACUGUUAGUUUGGGGAAAGAAGUCAAUGAAAUUCUCUCAGCGUGCUGGUCAUUUGAUCUCAGUGAGAGGCCUAGCUUCACUGCCCUCAUGGAUAUGCUUGAAAAACUGCCAAAAUUGAAUCGUCGGCUCUCCCACCCAGGACAUUUCUGGAAGUCUGCUGACAUUAACAGUAGCAAAGUUGUCCUGCGUUUUGAAAGAUUUGGCUUGGGAAUCCUGGAACCAAGUAAUCAAAAGAUAUAGCAUGGUGUGUAACUGUCUUGUGAUAACAUUGUCUGCCUACUUACACAAAGCGUCAGAAAUCUUCACUGAAUCUUCCAAGCUGAAAGCCGCACGACCAUCAGUUCACAGUCCCGUGGUCUCUGUAAAGUCUGCAUUCUGCCCGAGCACCAGCAGUUAUUUAAAGAAUGUUUACAUGAUACUUUUGUGUGAACUAUAUUUUUUUAAACAUAAUAAACAGUGAAUCAAGUUUAACUACAGCCAUUUUCAGAUAGCACUGAAAAAAAGAACUGUUUCUAGUUCCUUCUUAUGUCUGUGCUAAACAGGAGCUCUCUUCUGCCUCAAAGCGUUUGUUUUCCCUGAGAGAAAUGGAACUGGCUUGUUUCAGAACGGCACUGCAUCUAGCGUGAAGGGCUGGAGUGCCAGCUUGCAUUUUUCUUUCAUUAAGGUAAAAAUCCAUCUGUUGCAUCGUGGUUUGCCCAAACUGAUCGCUGAGCCCUGAGGUUUGUUUCAGCAGGGCUGGCCCAAGCUCCGGGUUACCCUGGUGCAAACCUAUCGCUAGGAGAGUUUCUGAUCGUGUGAGGCUGUGUCUCAACUGAAGACUCAAGUGCUCUUCUACACAGAACUCACAAUGCAGCUGCUUGUUCUCACACAAUCCCAUAGGAAGCUGAAGACUUGCUGGCCUUUGCAAAAAUAAAACCAAGGCUUGUUACAGCUCUGGGUACAAGGGUCAAACUCUACUUUUUUAGCUUUAGGCACAACAAGUUCUAGCCCCCUAAACCAGCAGCAUUUCUGGAAUUACAACACUGACCAAGCAGACUUGACCCUUACUGCCCUGAUCACCAUUUCAUUUGUAGAAGAAAAGACAUUUUCCGGCACUGCAGGAAGAGUCAAGGGAAAAUGGCAUCCCUAAAUAAUGCAUUAAAUCAGGUCUUAGUGCACAGAGCUUGUUCAGAGAUGCGAAGUCAUUCCACACACACAGAGCGUCCCCAGCUCCUGCAGCCGGUCACAUUGAAGUCUGCAAGCUGAGAAGCCUGGGCCUAAAGCAGUUGCUCUGGGGAAAACUUAACAAUGAGAGAGAUCUCACAGCCAGGAAGGUGACAUCUGGAUCUAAAGGACCUGACUCAACCCAACAGCUCAGACUUGUUUCAAAGGUUAAUUUUAAGACGAGAAUAACCAACUACACCCUCCUCCAGUGUGUAAGAUGGAGGUUAUAAAGGAUACAUCUGCUUACUGCAUUUAAGGUAACAGAUGCAUCAUCCCACUGGCAAAUGAAUUGCAAGCAGCAUCGACAGAGGCUGCGUUGUGCCUCCCAAUCACAUUCCUCUGCCGCCUCCUGCCAGCCAGGGUAGGGGGAUAGCCCUCAUGGUACAAGGAACAUUCAGAUCCUUUCUGUCCUUACAGUGCUUCGUUUUGUUGAGGUAGUUUGUUAGGGCUCUCUGGAAGUCACCAAGUUUCAUGUCUCCAACAGCACUAGAGCACGUUACAGCCCCACAGACCGUUCACCACCAUUGCAAGGGUUCGGCGCGAGGGCUGCAGGGAGGGGAGCUCUGAAGGCCCUGUGGGGCCAGCAGAGUGACAGGCACUCGGUGGGGCCGGCUGACUUCUGUAGGAAAUUAAGUGGCAGAAAAAAUUCCUGAAUUCUGUUGAGCAGAGAGCUUCGCUCCUACUAUGUGCACGUCGGUUGUAGUCUCUUACGAAUAUUUUGACAAAUUAGUGACUUUUUACAUGUGUCUCAGAUAUAAAAGAAAAAAUUGGUGGUAGCCAGGUGCAGCACUGUGGUACUCUCUUGACCCCCUUCCUCUCCCCCACCUUCAUUAAAGCAAAUAAACCUCCUCCAACUCUACUUUCUAUUUAACCUACACCCCUUGGUUCUCAAGAUUUGCUGCUGUUUGUUGUCUCUCAGUAAUCUUGUGUCAGCAGUUUUAAGCAGAAAUUGUUUUCCCAGCGAGUACUGCUUAAAUAACAACAGCACAACACAAACCUAAAGUGAGGAGAAAUGUGCCACUGGGCACCCGUGGCACGCUGAGCCCCCCUGCCUUAGGGAAGGGCAGAAGCUGCUGCUGGAUGCAAAUUGUUACUUUACAGCCUGCAGUUCUGCGCAGCCUUCAGCUAACUCCGUGCUUGAGGGAGGCAGCAGCGUUGGCACGCUACUCGUGAUUUACCCCUGCCCUCUGUGCGUAAACAGGUCCUGAACGCUGGGACACCCACAGCUGCUCACUGUGGCAACCAGUUGCCCAACCUGCAAAUAAAAAGCGUUUCCUUGCUGUUCCUCAGCAGCGACGCUCCUGUGCCUGCGUGCAAGGGCUACGCUGGGAAAGCAAUAUAAUCUCAAUUUUUUUCUAAUAAGAUGACUGGCUAAGAGGAGGACAGACAGCACUAGAUGACCAGCCAGAUUAAAACAAAAUAAUUUUUAAAAAACAACAAAAAAAUGCCACCAUUUGUCUUUCCUAAGACUGCCCUCAGGUGUAACUCGAACGCGGUCUGUGCAGACACCGCAGGUGCGGGGCUGCGCGAGCCACAUCCAGCCCUGCUGCGCUGCGAGGUCCCAAUGCCGGCGGGAGGCUCGUCCCCCGGGACCUGCCUUCAGUCAUGAGACUGGGGAUUCUGAUUCAGCCUGGCCUUGGUUUGUAUUCAACACCCAGAAAUUGCUCUUGAGAGCAAAACCCAGCCUCUGGGACCCAGCAGGUCAGAGAGGAGAGACUGAUCACCGUCUCUGGGAGAAUUUUUGUUUUAAUCAGCUGGUGUAAGAACCUGGCGACUGAGCGACACCAGUGGAGCUGCACAGCUGUGGGCAGAGCUCUCUGACCCUCAGCGCGUUGCAAGCCAAGCGGCAGUCGCUGGGUUGUCCUGUUCCAUGGUCUGCGGACCGACCGUCUCCUCAAGUGCUGGCGCAAGAGCACGACGCAGGGAACGCCCGGGCCGUUCCAGAGCUGUAAAUGUGAAGCUGGCUGUACAAUGCUGCUACAGAAGCCACACGUCAGUAGUGAAUGUAAAUGGAGUCUAAUAUGGUGAAAAUGGACACAUUUUCUUUUCAAAUGUGAUGUAAAGUUUGUACAGUCAAAAAUUUUUUUUUAUAUUUUCUAUCAACUGAGUGUCUUCCAGAAUUGCUAUUAAAUUAAUUAAAAAUUGUUAGUAUUAACAAGUUUCUGUAUUAGUUUAUGCAACCAGCAAAAAACCCAACAAAAACCAAGAAAAGAGUGCACUCUAUGCUGAUGAAAUUCUGGAUAUGUAGGAAUCUUUUCAGUGAAUAAAUCUUUGCUCUGGAUAAAGCAAGUCUUA